AUGAAUAUUGAUGACUUCAAGACAAUCAGUGGACCUCAGCCGUUGGAAUGUACCGAUGAACGGUCACCGGUCUCUACAACCCGCGACACCCUCCUGGCAGAUUGGAAAAGAACAGUGAAGCUAGUCACAUCCUUCUGGAAACGAUGGUUACAAGAGUACGUCACCGCUUUACUAUCGAACCGAGCAUACCAAACCCCGUUCUCACGAAAGGAACCUCCUCGCCGAGGAGACUUCGUACUAGUGCACGAACCUCGGCUUCAACGUGGACAAUGGAGAAUGGGGGAGGACUCCAUACUUUUCGCUACUGAGUGCACUCCAAAACGAAUCGCGAUAGCACGGUACGAGCAAGCCAACAAGAGCGUUGUCGUUUGGUUUCCGAUCAAUUGCCGGUUUGCCGACGUACGGUUCGAUGCGUCCAAACCAACGGUCCCAACGCUAUGUGGCAAGAAGUACAAAUGUCCAGAUUCGACUGAUUCAUGCUCCUUCUCGAGCAGCUCGAGGACGGCAAUAUCUGAGAUAGAUCUCAUGCCAAGUUCUAUCAAGAAUACAACCCCCACAUACGUGUGCUCAUUCAACUACAAUUCCUCUUGCGAUCCAGUGAAAAGGAUGGGAGUUUUCAAUCAAAUGCAACUUUUCGAUGACAGCGUACUACUCGUUGAGGAACUGACCAUCACGAUAAAGGACUACAUUGACAGAAACGACUUCGUGUGCCUAGAUCGGUAA